AUGCACAGACUGGAGAUCCCCGGGCUAUCCAGCCAGAACCCGGAUGCUCCCCGCGUCUUCUCGUUCCCGGCCUCGCAGGCGCUGCACGCGUCCACCGCGUUUGCUGCCUCAGGCACCACUGCCCUCUCGACGGGGCUGCCAGCCCUCGACCAGGCCUUCACGGACGGUCUGGAUCUGGGGGAUGGAGAGUCGAAGGGUCUCCCUCUUGGCCGGGUCACUGAGAUCUUCGGUCCCCCGGGAGCGGGGAAGACCUCGUUGGCCCUCAGCGCAGCAGCCACGGCUCUCCGCAACGGUGAUCAGGUCGUCUGGAUUGACAAAUACCUCCUCACCCGCAAAUGGAACGUGAUCAGCGACCUCGCCACCAAGCUCGUCUCCCUAGCCCACGCAAACCACAUCGCCGUGCUGGUCAUCAACCAGACACAUACCCGCAUCCGGGGGCAAGUCCGCGCCACCCUGUGUCCGAUCCUGGGGGCAGGGGGUGGGAGAGUGCCGUGUGGGGAAGGGUGGGGGUUUAUGGGGAUUUUGUCUAUCCGGGGGAGGAGGGAUGGGUUGAAGGCGAUUGAGAGGGGGGUGGAAGUGGGUGAUGGGGGUGGACGGAGCCCUGAGGGACAGGUGCAGAUACAGGUUCAAGAGGUGUUGGGGCAAGAAGAGGUACCACUGGGGGAGAAGGAGUUACAAGAACAAGACGACUUUCAAGAGCAGGGACAAUUACAACAACAGGGGGACAUCCAAGAGCAGGAGGGUUUGCAACAGCAGGAAGUGCCACAAGAGGAUCUCCAGCAAUACGCCCCAGAAAAAGACGCUCAAGAUCAAGAUCAAGAUCCUCAACCCCAAGCAGCACAGCUACCAGCGCCCCAAUACCCAGAACCCGACUCCCAUCCCCGUCACCAUCCCCACCAAACCGAACCCGAAACCCCCCAUCGCAAACGAAAAGCGGCCGAGAUCGCAGACAGCCAAGACGAGGAAUCGGACGGUGAGUUCGACUGCGAUGAGACGGGACUAUAGCAUCGCAUCGCAUCGCAUCAGACUUCUCCAGUCUAGUGCUUCGCUUCGAUAUACCCAGAAUUCAAGACGAUGAAACAUUAAUUCUGUAUGAUAUGCUACAUGUUACGUGUUACGCCGAACGCCUCGCUAUACUAUAUAUAUACUAUGCUGAAGGUAGCCGCCGAUGAGGUUUGAAGAAGGGGGGAUGGGAAAUCC